GUCAGCCCCGUCUUCCCCCAAUUGACGACUAACAUGCCCGGGCCGAUGCCGCGGCGCACUCUUGUCAGCCCCGUCUUCCCCCAAUUGACGACUAACAUGCCCGCGGAGCUCAAACCAGACGGCGCCAAAAGCCUCCAGGCAGCCCUAGACGAGUGGAGCGACAAGUUGCCAGGCGUGACCCUCGCGCUGGCGUCGACCUCGGGGCUCCUCUUCUCCUCCUCUGCAGGGCGGUACGACGUUCUCGACGCCUCGUCGCGCGCGCUGGCAGAGGACGACGUGAUGUGGUUCGCAUCGACGACCAAGCUGCUCACGGCCGUUGCCUACCUCCAGCUCGUGGACCGCGGCGUCGUUUCGCUCGACACGGACAUGCGGGGCAAGUACGCCCCGCUCGACGCUGCGGCCUCGCGGAUCUUCACGCGCCUCGACGAAUCCGGUACGGCGCAGUUCGUGCCCAACGACAAGGCCGUGCCCCUUGGCGCCUUGCUCAACCAGACGAGCGGGUUCGGCAUGGAGUUUGGCGAGCAGGUGCAGAGCUACAAGACUUCUGCGGACAAGGGUACGGGCUUUGUCAACUCGUGCAAGGUUGAAAACCUCAUCAACACCCCGCUGAUGUUCGAACCGGGGAGUACCUUCCAAUACGGCAACAGCGCCGAGUGGCUCGGCCUCAUCCUGCCUUCGCUGGUCGGCGUGUCGACCGAGGACUACUUCCAGGAAAACAUCCUGCGGCCGCUUGGCAUGUCGAACACGACGUUCUAUCCGUUUGGGGAGGAGCUCAAGGACCGGCUUGUGCCGCUGCGCUUUGGCGGCGAGCACGGUUACGAGGUGCUGACGGAUCAAAUGCCGCUGCUUACCCUCCCGCGCAAGACCGAGGACAUCGAGUACCCCGUCGCUGGGGGCGGCAUCUACUCCACGAGCAGAGACUACAUCAAGCUCCUCUCGCACCUGCUCUCGCACUACGCAUCGCUGACCGGCGGCGCGAAGCGACCGGAAAGCCCUCUUCUCUCCGACGCCUCCGUGUGGUCCCUUUUCUCCAGGAGCCUUCCCGAGGCCGCGCUCCCGGCGAUGGCGACGGCCCUCUCGCACUUCAUGGGCGUCGACGGCCUCGCGGCGGGCGAAGCGGACUGGAGCACCGGCAUGUCGCUGUACCUCCCCGCUGAUGGCCGGCGGGCGCCGAACGGCCGGCACGCGGGCAGCGCGGGCUGGGGCGGCGCCGCGGGGACGACGUACUGGAUUGAUCCUGUUGCCGGGGUCGCGGCGGUCUUCUCGACACAGACUAUCCCCAGCUCCGCACCCGCAGUAGUCGCAUUCAAGGGGGCGAUGGAGCGCUCCGUGUACGCAGCGCUAGCGUAGCGCGGGUGUCUCGUCGACGAGCAUGCAUUGCGUUGAGGUUACA